AUGCUGCGGCUGCGCUGCAAGGCCCGGAGCGGCUCGCACGCGCUGCCGGGGCUGUCGCCGCACUCCCGCCUCCGCGACAUGCAGGCCGCGCUCGCCGCGCUCACCGGAGUGCCCGCGCCCGCGCAGCGCCUCCUGCACGGCUUCCCGCCGCGCAGCCUCGACCUCAGCGACGGCGAGCGGCGGCUGGGCGAGCUCGGCAUCCACUCGGGUGACACUCUCAUAGUGGAAGAAGACACAUCCAAACCUGAGCCCGACUCGCCCGUGGUCACCAAAAAAGCGAUGUCCCACCCUGUGAGGGAAGCCGUGCCCGUGCUGGCCAGGCGGGUGGUGCCAGCAGACAAUUCCUGCCUGUUCACCAGCGUGUUCUACGUGGUGGAGGGCGGCGUGUACGACCCCGGCUGCGCCCCGGAGAUGCGCAACCUCAUCGCCCAGAUCGUGGCCAGCGACCCCGAGUCGUACUGCGAGGCCGUGCUGGGCAAAACCAACAGGGAAUACUGUGACUGGAUCCGCAGGGAGGAGAGCUGGGGAGGAGCCAUCGAGAUCUCCAUCCUCUCCAAGUUCUACCAGUGCGAGAUCUGCGUGGUGGACACGCAGACCGUGCGCAUCGACCGCUUCGGGGAGGACGCGGGUUACAGCAAGCGCGUGCUGCUCAUCUACGACGGGAUCCACUACGACCCGCUGGAGCGCCGCGUGCCCGCCUCGGACGUUCCCCCCCAGACCAUUUUCCCCAGCAGCGAUGACGUGGUGCUGGCGCAGGCUCUGGAGCUGGCGGACGAGGCGCGCAGGAAGAGGCAGUUCACGGACGUGAAUCGCUUCGCCCUGCGCUGCAUGGUGUGCCAGAAGGGACUGACGGGGCAGCUGGAGGCCAGGGAGCACGCUAAGGAGACUGGACACACCAACUUCGGGGAGGUGUGAGCUCAGCACGAGGAGGGUGCCAUCGACUACCUCAGCGCUCCGGAAUCAAAUUCUGGAGUCCCAGAUAAGCUGUUUGUAAUCAUAAAAUUCCGUUCACAGAGCUUGAAAAGCGAAUUAACUUAAUGGUGGCCAACGCACAGGUUUGGGAGUAGGGGGUUGGGAGUAGGGAUGGCACUUGGGCAGGUGGUGGAUGGUGGCAGCCACACCUUGGUUUCAUCACCUUUGUGUGUGUGUGUGUGUGUGUGUGUGUGUGUGUGUGAUCUGAGCAGACAGACACAGCCAGGCUUGUCCAACACUGGUGUACAAUCCACCUCUGAGGUGCUGAAUGUACAUUUUAGGGUGAUUCAGUUAAUCCCAGGCUUUGGGAAAACACAAAUCAGCAUCAUGGACACUGGGAAUCAGGCUCUGCACCCAUGAGCGGAAGCUGCUCGUGUGGUGCGUGAUUUGUGAUGGAAAUAUCAAAUCCAGUAUCAAAAUACAAUUUGUAGUGGACAGUGAGCUGCCCUGGUCCAUCAGGAAUAGACUGUGUAGUUUGUGUGCAGAGAAUUUUAGGGAAAGCAAUGGCCUCUAAGCUUUAAGGUAGCCUUUAAAUUAAUGAGUAGAUGGAUAAGUGUUGAAUAAAACUUAUUAAUCCUCCAUAGGUAGUUUUUAGUUGCUUGAAAAAUAACUCUCCACCCCCUGGUGUUUACACUGCAUCAGAGCAUAAGCAUGUUUCCUGGAAUACUUGGGAUUCUUCUUCAUAAUAGCAUUGGAAAUUCCUGCAAGAGGGAAGUGAGUAGUUAGGGCAAUGACUUAAUUUGCAUCUGUUAAAUACAUUGAAUAUUUUACUUGACUAGAGCCAGUCAUGGCCAUGGUGUUACUAAGCUGUUCCAGUUUCCAAAUACUGUAAAUGAGCACUUUAAGGUUGAGUUCUCACUCUUUGCUGGUAAAAAGUUUUGCCCUCUGAAGGGCAGAGCCAGAAGGGAGGCUUGAAAUUCCAUCUGCUUUCUGCCUUAAUGUGUUUGAUUUGUCACCACUGUGGAGUAGCAAGACUUUCAUUGUGAUAAUGAAGGGUGCAGCUGGAUAUUCAGAACAAGAUAAGCUGGGAGAAGUGCCCCAGCCCUUGGACUGCUCAGAAUCAGGGAAGGUGAAAUUGGUAUAAUUGGAAUAUCUUACCUCACAGUGGGGUUAACACCAGGUGCUUUUGAGGGCUUUUAAAAGGUGCUGUAAAGGUGCAUAUUACUGAAGGGGAUUUAUGUUAUUUUAUUUUUUAAUUUGAAAUGCCUGCAACACAUCCUUGUUUCUUGAAUUUUAAAAUAUCCUUUGCCUGCCAUUCUUCUGUUGCUUCUGUUUUGAGUGACCUUCCUUGCACUUUGAGACUGGGGAACAAGAACGUGCAUCUUCAGACUGAGGAGGAAAUGAACCCACUUUCCACGUGGAACCCAAAACCCAGUUUGAAAAGCCUCUGUUCCCUCAGGCACCUGACCAAACUGGUGCAGCAACACCACCUGCUCUGCAAAAAUCCCAUUUCAAGUUCUCAGCAGAGGCUCCCAGUUGGAUCUUGAAAUACAGGAGGGUUCUACUGAAGACAGAACAUAAUGACAUAAGUGCUUUGCUGAAUUAAGGCAUGAAUAAUUAAACAGCCUAGACUCACCCAGAGCACUAUGGACCAGGUUUGUUUUUAGUUCAGUAUUAAAACACACAUUAGCACUGUUGGGAGUUCCCUAUAGAAAGCCACUUAGCUUCCAGUGUUAAACCCUGCUCUGCUUUUAGCCUGUCAUUAGGAAAAGAAGAUAAAACCCCCCAAAACCCAGCAUUAAACCCAGCCCUGUAGAAGCUGAUGCUUAACCUCCAGAAAGAGCUGCCAGUUCAAAGGAACUGAAGAUGACACUGUGUUAGAAGUACUUGAGCUGAAAUGCUGGCUGGGAAGGAGACCAGAGACUCGAGCAAGCCCCAGGUGUGCCCUGAGCUGUCCCAGGGGGUGCCUGGGCAGGGAGCUGCUCCUCCCCUUUGCCAUCUGCCACAUGGACACAACACCUACCUCAGAGAGCUGCUCCACUCUUUGGGUGUCUUUGAAACACAAGUGCAAGAUCCAUAUUUAUUUUCUGCCUUGACUUUGGGGAGCAACCCUUACAUUUUAGCUUUGUGUCCUGGAUGGAUUUCUCCAAGUGUGUAAAGCUUUUGUUUUGUUUUUUUUUUCCUGGUAUUUCUCAGUUGCAGUAUUUGAAAAAUGAGCUUUAUUUAAUCCAGAGUGUUGAGCUUUGCUAGAUCAUGUUUGCAUUGGGAAUCUGCUGACAGAGAAUCAGUUCCAUUGGAGGGAGAUGUGUCACUAUCACUGCUUGGAUGUUUUCUUUUGUUGCCUAGAAAAUAAAAUCUCUUUGGUUAAAAAAAAACAAA